AUGGCAACUCCCACGAAGCCUCCCGCAAAGGGAUCAGGGAAGAAGCAGCAGCCAAAGGUCCUCAAGAGAGAUUCGCGCCUCGAGAAGAGGAAGCAGCAGCAGCAAACAAUCGAGCAGCUCGAGAAGGCCGUAGCCGACUUUGAUCCCAAGAGCGAAUAUACCAGCUUCUCCGAACUCCCCCUCUGCGAAACGACCCGAAAGGGCCUCGACAAAUCCCACUUCGAGACCCUCACCGAUAUCCAGUCCCGCGCCGUGCCCCUCGCCCUCAAGGGCAGCGACAUCCUCGGUGCCGCCAAGACAGGCAGCGGCAAGACCCUCGCCUUCAUUAUUCCCGUUCUCGAGAAGCUCUACCGCGCGCAAUGGACAGAGUUCGACGGCCUCGGCGCCCUCAUCAUCUCCCCGACCCGCGAGCUCGCCGCCCAAAUCUUUGAGGUCCUCCGCAAGGUCGGUCGCUACCACAACUUCUCUGCCGGUCUCGUCAUCGGAGGCAAGAGUUUGAAGGAGGAAGCCGAGCGUCUAUCCAAGAUGAACAUCCUCGUCUGUACACCCGGUCGCAUGCUGCAGCACCUCGACCAGACUGCCGGUUUCGAUGUCGAUAACCUCCAGAUCCUCGUGCUCGACGAGGCGGAUCGCAUCAUGGACAUGGGCUUCCAGCACGCUGUUGACGCCUUGGUAGACCACCUGCCCUCCACGAGACAGACCCUCCUCUUCAGCGCGACACAGAGCAAGAAGAUCUCCGACCUCGCGCGCUUGAGUCUCAAGGACCCCGAAUACGUCUCCGUCCACGAGGAAUCCACGCCCAAGAACCUCCAGCAGCACUACAUCGUCACUCCCCUACACGAGAAGCUCGACACCCUCUUCGGCUUUAUCAAGGCAAACCUCAAGAGCAAGAUCAUCGUCUUCUUCUCCUCAGGCAAGCAGGUCCGCUUCGCAUACGAAGGCAUGCGACACCUCCAGCCCGGUGUCCCGCUCCUCCACCUCCUCGGCAAGCAAAAACAGCUCCAGCGCAUGGAAAUCACAAAGCGCUUUGCUGACGCAAACGCCUCGGUCCUCUUCGCCACCGAUGUCGUCGCCCGCGGCGUCGACUUCCCCGCCGUCGACUGGGUCGUCCAGGUCGACUGCCCCGAAGACGUCGACACCUACAUCCACCGCGUCGGGCGCACCGCCCGCUACGAGCGCGACGGAAAAGCCGUUCUCUUCCUCGAGCCCAGUGAGGAGGCCGGCAUGCUCAAGCGCCUCGAGCUGAAGAAGGUGCCCAUCAACAAGAUCACCGUCAAGGAGAGCAAGAAGAAGAGCAUCAAGGACCAGCUCCAGAGCAUGUGCUUCUCCAACCCGGACCUCAAGUACCUCGGCCAAAAGGCCUUUAUCAGCUACGUCCGCUCCAUCUACCUACAAAAUGACAAGGAGGUCUUCAAAUUCAACAAACUCGACCUCGACGCCUACGCCGCGAGUCUCGGCCUCCCCGGUGCGCCGCAGAUCAAGAUGCGCAAGGGCGAGGACAUCAAAAAGGUCAAGAACGCGCCCCGCAAGGGCAUGUCCUCCGACGAAGACGAGGAGGACUCCGACGACGCGGCGGCGGGACCCAAGAAGCCCAAGAAGCCCGAGGUCAGGACAAAGUACGACCGCAUGUUCGAGCGCACGAACCAGGACGUCCUCUCGGGCCACUACACCAAACUCGUCGCCAACGGCGACGAAGUCACUGGCGACGCAACCGACCCCACCGCAGCAGCCGCCGGUAACACCGGCGCAGACGGGGAUGGAGAAGAAGACUUCCUCUCCGUAAAACGCGUCCUCGGCGACGACGAACUCGACGCCGAAUCCAACCUCGCACCCGGCGCCAAGCCAAAGGUGAUAUCCUACGGCGGCCAAGACUUCAUCGUCGACUCCAAGCGCCGCGAAAAGGCCCUCCAGUCCAAGAAGAAGAUGCUCAAGUUCAAGGGCCGCGGCGAGAAGCUCGUCUUUGACGAGGACGGCAACGCGCACCAAAUCUACGAGCUGCAAAACGAAGACGAUUUCGAAAAGGAAGGCCCCGCGGAGGAACUCCGGCAAAAGUUCGUCGAGGGCGAGGCGGCGCGCGUCAAGGAGGCUGAUGUGGAUGAUAAGCUCGCCGCCAAGGGACGGCUUAAAGAGAAGAGACUCAAGAGGAAGCAGAGGGAGGCCGAGGAGCGCGGGGAGGGUAUCCCGAAGAGUGCCGAGGGACCGCAGGUCGCGGGUGGUGGCGGUGCUGACGACGGCGAGGACGAAGAUCCGUUGGCGCUGCUGCGGUCGUUGCCGAUUGCGGGUGAGGGCGGCGGCGAGUACAGCAGCAGCGAGGACGAAAGGCCAAAGAAGAAGACCAAGAAGUGGUUCCAGGACGACUCGGACGAGGAGAGGGAGAAGAAGAAGAAGGCCAAGAAGGGCGGCAAGGUGCUCGAGAUUGACCACGAGCCCGAGACGUUGGAGGACCUCGAGGCUUUGGCUUCGGGCUUAUUGAACUAA